GACUCUGAGGACAGAACACACACACACACACACACACACAGACACACACACACACACUCAGAUCCGCAAUGCGUGAACAGGAGAUGGACCUGUCGGAGAGCACAGAAACACACACACAAACACACUACCUCAGAGACGUGAUCUUUCAUGGCAAGCUUCAGCUGCUGAAGUCUCUGACCCCUGAGGAGAACACUAGCUGCCGCCGCGGCCUGUUCUUCCAGGACGGUCAGAGGAAGGUGGAUUAUAUCCUGACGUAUCACCUGAAGAAGAGCAGCAGCUCGCGCCGACACACCUGCAGGCUGAAGGACAACGCUCUGACUCGAACCCUGAGCCGCUCUGCAGCUCCGCACACCAGCCACAGGGGCGACGCCCACAGCCCGAGCCCACAGCAGGAUGACCAAAAGCAGCAGCGCAGAGAAGAGUUCCAGAGGAGCCUGGAGGAGAUGGGGCUGGAGCUGGAGCACGACGAGGAGACCAAGACCCCUGGGGUGGGCUUCGUGAAGAUUCAUGCGCCGUGGAGUGUUCUGUGUCGAGAGGCCGAGUUCAUGAAGCUGAAGAUGCCCACCAGAAAGGUAGAAACAGAUGAUAAUAACACUGCGCUCUGACUGUGAUAAUGUGAU